AAGAAGAAAAGAAAAAUAUACAUUUAGCGAAGAAUGUCAGUGGGAAGAAUAAAAUACAAAAAAAAGAUGACGAUUGUAGCAUGGGUCGUUGCGAUCUUAGCAUUAGCCAGCGAGUUCAAUGCCGUUCAAUCUACGUCCUUGAACUUGAACGAUACCUCGGGAAAGAAUACGGGAAACGAAAUAUUUGACGUAAUUUCGGACGAACAUCCGCACGAGAUUAACAAUAAACCGAGUAAAUUUGACAUGGACAUAGAUCACGUGACAAUGACAGACGAUAAAUCGAGUUAUCAAAUCGAAUCAUCUAACGUUGAUAAUUCGACGAGAAGUUCGUUGGACGAUAAAGAAUCAUCGUCAUCGUCAUUGUUAUCAUCGUCAUCGUUAUCGUCAUCGUUGUGCGAUGAAGAUCAUUGUGCAACUGAGAAAAAACUUUCAAAUAUUUUGGACAAAUUAUCAAAGAUAGACGAGUACAACGUAACGGAUAACGUGCAAAUAGUGCGAAGUGAAAUUGCCAUUAAUAAUAAAUCGAAUGUUGAGAACGAGAGGAAGUCCGAUAGGAAAUUCGAUCUCUUGGAGAAGUUUCAUCGAUAUGCGAAAGAACACGUGGUUAGAGUCAAGGUCGAUCCAAAUGCGAUAACCAGUAGAAAGGGAAGAACCUUCUUCGAUGCCCUCUUUCAGGGAAAGAGUCCCUUUUUAACAGGAUUCGGACUUGGUUUUCUAGCAUUCGGCCUGAAGAAGCUCUUGCUACCACUGUUCUUUGGCGUACAAAUUCUUAAAAGCGUUUUACUAGCACUUUUCUUACCGAGCAUUAUUGGAAGUAUUGGUAAUAUCGUUGGCAAAGGUGUAUCGUCAUUUACCCAAUCGUCUCAAACAGCAACCGUAGCACCCGAAGAAAAUUUCGAAUUCAAGGACAAUUCGGAUCUGUACAACGAUGAUUAUUUGACACGACAACCUGUCGGAACACUACCGGCUUCCACGUUGUACGACGAAAGUAUGAUGCAGUCGGAGAAAAAUCCUGAAAUAGCUUCCAGAUAUUCGUUCGUUGAUCCUGCAUACGCUAAUAAUGCCAAUACGAUAUCCAAUCGUUAUUAUAUGAGACACGCUGCACAAGGUUUUACGAAGAAACAAGAUUUCAAGGUAUUUCACGAGAUUCCAACGAGCUCGUUGCUCCUGACGAACUACGACCCGUUCUACUCGCCAUUAUUGUCACGAUUGGAUGCUGUUUUCUAUAGACUCGGUCAUACAACCGAAGGUUGUAGAGAAUAUGCUGUUUGUGCUAUGUACAGAAGCCCGGCAAGAUACGCACCUUACUCUAAUCUCGUCUCGGCACAACUUUCGAGGGAAUUAAACGAAUUGAGAAAACCAGCCAGUGAUAAUCCAGACGUUUUGAGAUUUUUCCGUUACAUGAAGGCAGCCAAGGAUGGUCAGGAUGGUGUCAAUUGCGAGGACGAUUAUAACAAUUGUCCAACUGCCAGGGAAGAUCAAAGUCUUAGACAAAAUCAAGCUAUGCUUGCUACCUAUCAAGACAUAGAUAAACUCGUACACGCUAGAAAACUUUGAAACUAAACUAAACUAAACUAAACUAAACGAAACGAAACUAAACUAAAACGAGUUCU